GGCCAAUGAAAAGGGGCGCCAUUCAUAAACACAAAUACUCGGCCACGCUCCUCCCAGCCACACGCAGCAGGAGAGAGAGAGAGAGAGAGAGAGAGGGAGAGAAGGAGGGAAGGAAGGUUUCCCCUUCCCGCCCAGACGAGACCAGCUUCGAUCGGAACCGAAUCGGAUCAAUUUCAAGAUUUUCCCUGCAAGCCCUUUCCUUUCCCUGCUCAUUUCCCAUCAAACGGCAGCCAGCAAUGCCUUGAAAUUGCCACAUUGGCGCUCCUUAAGGGUCUUUUUCUCUCCCCUUCCCCAAAACCCUCCUCCUUUCCUUCCUUCCUUCCCUUUCCUUCCCCUCUAUCACCAAAGGAGGCUUCUUCUCGCCCCCCCCCGACACGCGUCACCGCAUUCACACCGCUUCCAGGAAACACGGGAUUUUUGGGAACUCCUCAUCUCUCCCCAACUUCUGCCUCUCUCUCUCUUUCUUUCUUUCUCCUCCUCUUCCAGAGUCCCGACCCAGGAAAGGGACGGCUAUAAAGGUUCACUUGGCAAGGUUUUGACUUUAUUUUGGGGGGAAAGAUGGGCCAGGCAAGCGGACGUGUGAGCCGCCAAUCCCGCGAAAGGAAGCCCGCUUUUUGAAUCUGGAGAGAGAGCUUUGGCUUUCCUUCUCUUCCCUCCGAAGGAUCACUCCGGCGCUUCUGCUUCCUGCCAAAGAUGCCGCUACGGUAGCCAAGCAAGAUCUUUCUGGGCCAACUGGAGGCGCAAUGGUCCCCCUGUGCUGGUGCUGCCCGUCGGCACCUGCCCCAGCUGUGGCGGCCAUGAGUGGCGCGGCCACCACUUCCUACCACUUCAAGAGUUUCUGCGGGGAAUUUGAGCGGGUGGAAAGUGCCCUGGAACGCUUGGAGGCCAGUGGAUAUUACUGGGGCAGCUUGUCCGGAGCAGAAGCCAAGCAGCUCUUAACCUCACAGCUGCCUGGGGUCUUCCUGGUGCGGGACUCCUCGGACCACCACCACCUCUUUACCCUGAGCGUCCGCACCACCACGGGCAUCACUAACCUGCGCAUCCAGCAACAGGGCUCAACCUUCCACCUGGAGGCCCUGCCUGGGGCUGGCCAUCCUCCCGCUUUCCGCUGCGUGGUCCAGUUGGUGGAACAUUACCUCUGCCUGGGGGCCGUCGAUGGAGGACCCUGCUACCUGGAGAGGGAGGGACAACCGCCCGUGCCUUUGGCCCUCACUCAGCCGCUCCGGUGCAAAGUGCCCACGCUCCAGGAAUUGUGCCGCCGGGCCGUGCGAACCAAUGUUCAGGGCAGAGGGGACCUCAGGGCUCGCUUGCAAGGGCUACCGGUACCCCAGGGAUUGUUGAACUCACUAUGCAGCUGAAUGGGACAGAAGGGAUAUGGAAGGAGGGCGGUGAGGAGGCCUCCUCUAAGGCCUGGAAAUGCAGGUGGAGUCUUUCCUCCUAAAUAUUCUCUGCACAAUACAAGGACAGGACUGGCAGCCCACAGUGUAAUAUUGAGGAUAUCCUAUUGUUUUUCGUAGAAUAAAGCAACUGGGAUAUUCUGAAA